AUGUCUACAGCAAGCUCGUUUUUUAAACCCUUUAUGUCGCUAGUCGUCUACAUCUCUGUGCAUGCAGCAAAACGACCAAUCCAUACCAUAGUAUCCAUUGCAGCCCUUGCAACUACAGCAUAUUUCUCCAUCCUUGAUCUCUCUGUAGGCCCAGCCAACCUCGAUUCGUUUGCCGUUUCUUAUUACCAUCCAGGUGGCCCAACAUCCAAUGCCUCUGAAUGGGUCCCAGUCUCUUCGUCUGCUGACUAUCCAGAUGCUCCACACUAUGCAUCUGCAAAACUUGUGUUUGCAGGCCUUCCCUCUGCCCAGGUCCCCCCAGUCGUCCCCAAUACUUUUGAUUCGGAUGUAAACCCACACGAAAAGAGCCUUGUUGUCCCUUAUGACGAACUUUCUCAGUGGCUCAAGAAUUCCGCCGUACUUGCUGGUCCUGACCAAGAACCCUGGCGUCUCCGUCAAUCUUUCAGCUGGGUUCUUUGGGCUAAAUGGAACUUUACUCGUUUGUUGGACCUCAUUCAUGCCACCGAGACCUUUGAUCUCGCCGUUGUCUUUAUUGGCUAUCUCGCCAUGUACUUUACCUUCAUUUCUCUCUACAUUUCAAUGAAGCAUCUUGGAUCAAAGUUUUGGCUGGCUACUAGUGUUAUGCUUUCCUCCACAUUUGCAUUCAUGUUUGCCUUUGUUACUUCAUUUUCUCUUGGUGUCCCCGUGUCCCUAAUCACCCUUUCUGAGGGUCUCCCCUUUUUGGUCGCUACUGUGGGUUUUGGCAACAAAAUCAAGCUCACAAGAGCAACCCUUAAAGCUGUCCGCUCACGCCCUCCUGGAUCAUCCAUUGAACACGUUGUUUCUGAUGUCCUUUCCACUCAGGGCACUUUGAUGCUUCGUGAUUAUUCUCUUGAAAUCAUUGCCCUUCUUGGUGGUGCUUACUUUGGUGUUAAUGGUCUUUGGCAGUUUUGCUUCCUUAGUGCUUGGAUCCUCUUUUAUGAUUACAUUUUGACUGCCACUUUCUACUCUGCUAUUCUUUCCAUUAAAGUGGAAAUUGGCAAAAUCAAGCAAAAGGAAUCAAUCCGUCAGGCUCUUGAAGAGGAUGGUGUUUCUGAAUCUGUUGCGGAAUCUGUUGCAGAAACAUCUACUGAUACCCCUGGAACUAAAUCCAACCACUCGGUUACUCUCUUUAAAAUCUUUAUGGUUUCUGCCUUUUUGUUUUUAAACUUUGUCCAACUUUCUCCCUCUGUUUUCCAAACUUUUUCCAAAAAAUCGUCUUCUUCCGAAACCUUGUUUAACCUUGUUCCCUUUGCCGAUACCGGCGUUGUUGUCACCAUUCUCCCGACACUCAUUUUUGAACAUGCAAGCCUUUCAGCUCGUUUUGACACUGUUUUCCACAGAAUCCUCAAUCGCCUGACUGAAAUUGUUGCCGACCCUCUGAUCUCCAAGUUCAUCGUUAUUGGCUUGGCCAUUAGCAUUGGCCUUAAUGCUUACCUAUUUCGUGCUGCUCAGGAUCCCGUUGUUGUUAAGGUUGUUGAAAAAGUUGUCGAGGUUGAAAAGAAAGUUCAUGUUUACCUCCGCAAAACCGAUACACCUCCAUCUGAUCGUUCCAGUGUUGGCUCAAGCAGUAGCAACGACGCUGGCCUCGAACUCCAGCUUGGAAAGACUAUUGUUGAAGAGGAUUAUGAAGAAGUCAAGCUGCGCUCGCUUCAAGAAUCUGAAGUUUUUCUCAAGGCUGGCAAUGCUAAGCUUCUUAAUGACGAAGAGCUCGUCAAUCUGGCUCUUGCAGGCAAACUCCCCCUUUACGCUUAUGAAAAAACUUUAGGUGACAAUGCGCGUGCUGUGACUAUUCGCCGUGCCGUUGUUUCUCGUUUGUCUGAAACCAAAAAACUCGAGUCAUCUAAGCUUCCAUAUCUUCACUUUGAUUAUGACCGUGUUUUUGGUGCUUGCUGCGAAAAUGUUAUUGGCUAUAUUCCCCUUCCCAUUGGUGUUGCCGGUCCCCUUGUCAUUGAUGGCAAGGAGUACUUUAUUCCCAUGGCUACUACAGAAGGCUGUCUUGUUGCUUCGACCAUGCGUGGUUGCAAAGCUAUCAAUGCUGGUGGUGGUGUUACAACUGUUUUGACUCACGACGGCAUGACCCGUGGUCCUUGUGUUCAGUUCCCCUCUCUUCGCCGUGCAGGUGAAGCCAAACUGUGGCUCGACUCUGAGGAAGGUCAGCGCACAAUCAAAAAGGCAUUCAACUCCACGUCACGGUUUGCCCGUCUGCAAACUAUCAAGACCGCCAUGGCCGGAACUUUACUGUUUAUUCGCUUUUGCACAACAACUGGUGAUGCAAUGGGUAUGAAUAUGAUUUCCAAGGGUGUUGAGUACUCGCUCAAGUACAUGGCUGAACAAUGCGGCUUUGAAGAUAUGGAGGAGAUUUCUGUUUCAGGCAACUACUGCUCGGACAAGAAGCCCGCUGCUAUUAACUGGAUUGAGGGCCGAGGCAAGAGUAUUGUUGCUGAAUCAUUAAUUCCUAAGGCUGUUGUUGAAAAAGUGCUCAAGAGUGAUGUGGACGCACUUGUAGAGCUCAACAUUAGCAAAAACCUUGUCGGCAGCGCCAUGGCCGGAAGUAUUGGUGGAAAUAAUGCUCAAGCUGCCAAUCUCGUUGCAGCAAUUUAUCUGGCAACUGGUCAGGAUCCUGCUCAGGUCGUGGAAAGUGCAAACUGCAUGACACUCAUGAAGAAUGUCAAUGGUGAUCUUCACCUGACUGUGUCUAUGCCUUCGAUAGAAGUCGGUACAAUUGGUGGUGGAACAAUUCUCGAGGCACAGGGCUCGAUGCUUGAUCUGUUAGGAGUUCGUGGCCCCCACCCAACAGACCCUGGCAGUAAUGCACGCCAGCUAGCCAAGAUUGUGGCAUCUGGUGUAAUGGCUGCUGAGCUUUCGCUGUGUUCUGCUCUGGCUGCUGGCCAUCUUGUGCAGAGCCACAUGGCACUGAACCGUUCCAAGGCUCCGACGCCAAACCCCGGUGCGUCGAGUGCCGACAUUAAGCGGUUGACGGAGGGUUCUCAGAUUUGUAUCAAGUCGUAG